ACCUUAGUAUGUGAUGUAUAUUUAUUAAUCAUUUCUGCAUAAAGGUUUUUAUAUACUAAGUUAGGUGUAUUUUCCUUGCUGUCAGUUUGCUCAAAGAUGGAGAUGUCUAUCUUGUUAAAAAUCGGACUCCAUGGCGGGUUGGGGAUGAGUUGAGGUGUAUAUACGGAGAUAUCUCUAAAUUCAGAAUUUGUAAUGUAGUUAUCAAUGAAUUUAAACAAUGGAAUUGGUAGAGAAAGGUAGUUCAGGUCAGAUUCAUUAGUAUUUUUUCCUGGUAUGUUAUGUCCAAUUAGUUUAAUUUUUGUGAUAAAAUUGAGAGAAAGUUCGGUCCUUCUUAAGUUAAGUGGAAUCUCCUGCGCUUCCGCUAAUAAACUUAACCUUGGACUGGUUCUAAAGGCACCAAUGGCUAUUCUGAGCGCUGUAGUUUGGAUACCGUCCAGCUUUUUUAGUUGACUGUUAGAUGACAUAUUAUAUAUUACCGAACCAUAAUCUAGUUUAGAUCUUAUGAUUGCUUUGUAUGUGUUAAUUAAGAUCUGAGUGUCUGCACCCCAUUGGUUAGAGCCAAUGGCUUUAAGAAUACCAAUUCUACGAUAGCAUUGACCUCUCAAGAUAUCCAGAUGUUUGCUCCAGUUUAACGAUUUGUCAAAUAUCAUUCCAAGAAUUUUCAGAUGAGGCACUUGAUUCAAUAUGGAUCCAUUAAGAGUUAAAUGCGAAAAACAGCAAAGACAUAUUCCAUAUAAAAGUGCGUAAUUAUCAAGUUUACUGGAAUGUACCGACUUUUAUGUGUCAGAAGUAUGGGAUACAUAUGAAUGAUUUACAUAAAUUUGGAAUUUAUCAGAAUGAAAAUGAUAAAUUUCGGGGGGAAAAAAUUGUCAUACUCUAUGACCCUGGAAUGUUUCCGGCGUUGAUUAAAAAUCAUAAUGGUACAAUAACUCGAAGAAAUGGUGGAGUACCACAAGAAGGUAAUUUACAGAGUCACUUGGAUUUAUUUACGACCCACCUUGAAGAGCAAGUUGACGAAAAUUUUUCUGGACUGGGUGUAAUCGAUUUUGAAAGUUGGAGACCGAUAUUCCGUCAAAAUUGGGCGUCACUCGCGCCCUAUCGCGACUUGUCAAUAAAACUGGAAAAUGAGCGACACCCAUCUUGGAGUAAGAGUACAAUAAAACAACGGGCUGUUAAAUCAUUCGAAAGUGCUGGGCAAUUAUUCAUGGAGGAAACAAUUAAAUUAGCCAAAAAAUUACGUCCGCACGCACACUGGAGUUACUAUGCGUAUCCUUACUGUUUCAAUUUAACGCUAAAUCAACCAAGCGCUUCGUGCGAUCCCCAAUUACUCAACGAAAAUAACAAAUUAUCAUGGCUGUGGGAAUUGGAAGAUGUCUUAUUACCAUCAAUUUAUUUACGUAAUUCAUUAUCGAGUACCAAACGAUUAGAAUUAAUCACUAAACGAUUGACUGAAGCCGCGAGAUUGAAUAAAAAAUUUCCAAAGCGUCCAUUAUUACCUUAUUUUUCAUUUAAAUUUCAUGAUCAAAAAGACGUUUAUUUAAAAAAGAAAGACCUUCAGAGUAGUUUCAACUCAAUGAUAAAAAACGGCGCCGAUGGUCACAUAAUUUGGGGCAGCUCCCAAGAUUUUGAUAGCAGAGAAAAGUGUCUUAAAUUUAAAAAAUAUUUAAACGAUACUCUCGGACCAGCAACUGAGAAAAUAAAACUAUCGUAUCACCUGAGCCACGUUGAAAAACCACCGCUCCAAUAAUUUUAAAUCUUCAUUCUUUUUAGUGCAAUGAAGAAAGAUAUUUCAAAAUUUAUUAUCUUGUAAUAACAAUAAAUGAACCCAGCGAAAAAAAUAUUGUUGCUAAGAAAUAAUUAUUGUGAUAAGGAUAUCAUACAUUAUCGAUAUUUAUCAGGAAUUAUAAGUACAUUUUUGUUCCAAGACUUUAUCGAUGUCAACGACGUUUUAUGAUCCAAUAAAUUUAAGUUCAAUCAUUCCCAUACUUAGCAACAAAAUUUUUUAUCGACUUUUUUGGGUUUUUUCUACGAUACACACUUGGCUCUCAUAAACUUUUUUGUAGCAAAUUUUAUGCCCUAUAAAAACUUCACACUCAUUCUUUUCAAAAAAAUUUUUACAACACCAAAAAAUCAAGUCGAAACCGAAAAAAAAAUUUCCCAUGUUAUUAACCCAUUGCGG